AUGUCCAUGCUCCCAUCCCUAUCCAAACCCCUCUCCACUACUCUCCGCCGCUCCCUGCGUCCUGUCACCACCCUGUAUCCCCGUCUGCGCCCCUACCACCCCGAACCGAUCAGCACCAAAGGCGAGGACUUCUACGUGGCGGCCACUUUCCCGGACGACUUCGAGUCACCGACCCUGAUCAUCAAGAAGAAGGGUGGCGGACCGCCCCCGUCGUGGGACGAGCUUCAUUCGACCUUGAGCGAGGCUUCGGUCAAAGCCGACCGUGGAGAAGUCGAGUUCAAGCCUCUCGAACGACGAGACGACAUUGAGAGGAUCCUCUGGCCUGAUCGCGAGGAGCCUAAGAUCGACGAGCUUUGA